ACCAAACUCGCUGCUGAGGCGGCUAAGGAUGCUGUUAAGGGGUCUCAUUGAAGAUGGAUGUGGGCAUGGUGGGGAGGGACAUUGGGCUGUGGGUUGGGUGGAGGAUGCAGCGCUCGGGAGGAAACUGUCGAUUUGUGCACUGAAAACCGGACUACGACAUCACUGCUGUGGUGGUGUAGAUGUGGGCAUUUCGUUAGGUUGCAGCCUCGUAACAGGUCCUCUCGCGUGCAACCCAGCUUCCCACUCCCACGUAACUUAGAACACAGUUCACAGUUCAGUUCUGUAGGAUCAGGUAUUACGUAGCAUAACACCUCAUUUACACAAAAUACAUAGAGCCGAUAGCCAUGAUUGGUAGCAGUGCUAGCGGACGAGAAUAAGAUCGGAGAACAGGCG